AGCUAUUGGGCUUCAAGAGGGCACAUUGUGAACUGCUAAAAUUUCUUAGGGAAAAUCGUAAAUUUUUACCAAACUCACAACGGACGGCGAGUCUCCUCCGUCGCUCCGGCGCACUGCCUCACUCCGAAGUUCUGACUGCCCAGCCUUGCUAUCUGUUUGGAUGAAAAAGAAGAGCAGGUGCCAAUCAAUAGACUAAGACAACAUAAUCUUGUUUAUGCUGACAACAAAAGUCACUGCUUUGUUGGAUAAGGCUCUAGCCAUUAACCAAGCAAAGCAAAUUCAUGGCGUAAUACUAGUCAGUGGACUCCAUGAUCUCGAGCCUCUCCUGGUGCGACGAGUUCUUAUGUCUGCAGGGAGUUACAACCGAAAUACCAUUCAAUAUGUUAAGUUGAUGCUUCGGUAUAUGCAAACUCUGGAUAUCUUUUCAGUAGCAUCCACCAUUCGGUUUCUUACAGAACAUUCUCAGUUCAGGGAGGCUAUAUCCAUUUAUGUACAAUUGCAGAGAUCCGGGCUCAGUCCCAGCACAUUUGCUAUAUCAUCUGCUAUAAAAGCUUGUUCGAGGAUUCUGGAUAAGAUUGGUGGAGCUUCGCUUCAUGGGCAGAGCUAUAAGUAUGGUUUCUGUAGGGUUGUUUAUGUGCAAACAGCUCUUGUUGAUUUUUAUGCAAAAAUGGGAAAAAUGGAGUCUGCGCGAAGCAUAUUUGAUGAGAUGGUUGGGAAAAAUGUAGUAUCGUGGAAUUCGAUGGUGGCUGGGUAUGUAAAAUCGGGGGAUUUGGCGAUGGCUCAAAGUGUUUUUGAUCUGAUUCCAGAGAAAGACGUCGUUUCGUGGAAUUCGAUGGUUUCGGGAUAUGCAAGGGCAGGGAAUAUGGAGCAAGCGUAUGCGUUGUUUCAAAAAAUGCCCGAGAGAAGUUCUGCCUCGUGGAAUGCGAUGAUUAGUGGAUACAUAGAUUGCGGUAAGAUAGAUUUAGCACGCAGCUUCUUUGAUGCUAUGGACCAAAAGAAUCACAUUUCAUUAAUGACGAUGAUUUCUGGAUACUCAAAAUGCGGGGAUGUAGAGUCUGCCCGGAAGCUCUUUGGCCAGAUGGCCGAGAAAGAACAUAGAGUUUAUAACGCGAUGAUAUCUACUUAUGCUCAAAACAGUCGACCAAAAGAGGCUCUCCACCUAUUCCGUGAGAUGCUUCGAUUGAAUGUGCAACCAGAUUAUAUGGCGUUGGCUAGUGCAAUUUCUGCGUGUUCUCAAUUGGGAGAUUUGAAGUUCGGGUCUUGGAUUGAGUCAUACAUGAAGGAAGUAGGAAUCCAAAUGGAUGAUCAUCUGGCCACUGCGUUUAUUGAUUUGUAUGCAAAGUGUGGAAGUACCGAAAAAGCUUAUGGUUUAUUUCGUGGAUUACAAAAGAAAGAUGUGGUUGCGUACACUGCAAUGAUAUUAGGAUGUGGAAUAAAUGGUCGGGUAAAUGAUGCCAUCGAGCUUUUUGAUGAGAUGGUAUAUUUUGAAAUCGGCCCCAACUUGGCGACACUUACAGCAGUCUUGACUGCCUACUCCCACGUCGGUUUGGUCGAAAAAGGAUAUCAGUGCUUCGUCUCCAUGGAGAAGUAUGGACUUUCUCCUAAUGUUGAUCAUUAUGCUAUUGUUGUCGAUCUUUUAAGCAGGGCCGGGCGGUUAGAAGAAGCGUAUGGUCUGAUAAAAAGCAUGCCAAUGCCGCCUCAUGCUGGAGUCUGGGGAGCGUUGCUUCUCGGUUGCAGUUUACAGAACAACUUGGAGAUUGGAGAGGUUGCCGCAAGGCAUUGCUUUGAUCUGGAGCCCGACAGCACCGGUUACCGUUCUCUUCUCGCGAAUAUUUAUGCCUCUGCUGGGAGGUGGGAUGAUGCUGAGAGGUUGAGAGUGUCUGUGGAGGCGAAUGGGUAUAUCAAGUUGCCUGGUUCCAGUUGGACAUAAAGACGGGAAAAGGUAGCUACUUAGCAAUGCUGAAUUUCUCAAACACAUUCGCACUGCAAUUCUAUUAGGAUUGCACCGUAAUCCCGAGGGUUGUGAAUAGGGAUGGCAAUUUACCCCGUCCUCAGUCCAUCAGUGCGAUGCCGCCAUCUCCGUUUCUCCUCCAAUCGGCGAUAGCAGACAGCAGACAGGUGAGACAAUAGUCCGUUCUCCGCCAUCGUUCUCGCACAGUCGCUGCCUCCACUGCCGGUUUAAAAGAUUUGUCUUUGUCAAAGGAUGUGACAUAGGAGGCUGGAAAGAAUUUGCUUCUUGAAGUGUGAUGAAUCAAAUCUAAAUACUUAGUUGUACUUUGUGAUGAAGCAGUCUGUAUAUCCAGCCAGAUUUAUCUCCUCCUGCUUGAUACUGAAGUUGCAACUUUAUUGGGUUUGCUCUAACUUAGGUUUUCCAGCUUGUUAUUACCCAAUGUUAACUUGAACAAUUAAUUAAAUUGUUUUGGUUUCGUUCAGAUUGAAGAUGAAGAUUUUGAAGAUUGAAAAAUGAGGAAUUGAAGGCUUUAUUGUAUUGCUAUUGUAUUUUUAUAUAAUCAUGUUGAUUAGAGUUUUGGAGUUUGGACAUUGAAAUAUUUGUAGUUUGCAUUUGCUAUUUUGGAAUUUGGACUUCGGU